CGGAGGUCAUUUGUCCCUGUACACAAUGUAUGGUGUUCCUACGUUGAAAUACUGUAUCGCAGUGAUCACCAUUGUUCUCUACGCUGUCAUAAACUGAAGAGAAGAGGACAUAGAAUUCGCCAAUCAAUUAAAGAACAUGGCCGACAUCUACAUGUAACAGUAAUGGUAGAAAGUCUAGAGACGGAUACAUCGUAUGUCUUAAGAUGAAAAGGAAUAACAAGACUAUAUUCAAUGGCUUAGUUUGCAACGAUCAAUUAGUUUAAAAUGAUUCUGGCUGAUUAACCUGUUACACGUUUACUUGAAUUCUGCCGUAACGCGUCCGUGAAGCGCACAUAACUUCAAACUCAUCUCACUAGCUUUAGUAAAUCCGAAAUAAUAUUUCUUUUGAAAUUACUUACAAUUUAUAAUGCUAACACUUCGAUAGACGCCGAAACAGAUUACAUAAUCAGAGGAUGAGGGUGAUAGAGCUCUAUAGUGUUAUCAUAUUUAUAUUUGUCGUAACGCUUGUUUGGACGCUUGUACACAUAGGACUCAACGAAAAGCCGGAUGACAGAGUUACUAGAGAGACGCGCUACCAGCGUGAGGGGAAUGUAAAUGAAAAGCCGCUAUUCGAAACCACAACAGAAACGUCAACGGUGGGAACUACAACGCGUAAACCACUUCACCCAUCGUUUAUAACGUUAUUCACGUCAUUUGCUGAACGGGAACGAAAACGUGAUCAUAUCCAGAACAAUACAUUGAUGAACUGGCACCACUUGAGGCAAUUCAACAUUACUCCAGUCCUCUUCUCCAACAACCACAUCCACCAGAAACAAAGCGAGCAGUUUGGUUGGACUCACAUACCCCAAUCGAAAGAUAUAACGAUAUUACGCCGUCCAGUCUUAAAAGACAUGUUUCUCAAAGCUCAAGAACUAUCAUCAAGUGAUUAUUAUGGUUUCACAAAUGGCGAUAUUUUGUUCUACGGUGAGCAGUUGAACGAGACAAUACAUGCAGUUGACAAAUUUCUUAAAGCAAGACAAUUUAGUGCAUAUAUAAUCGUGGGAAUGAGAACAAAUAUUCCGUACGAUAACGGCGAGGGAAAUAUCCUAUCUUUGGUUUCUGGGAAUGACCAAGAAAUAUUAGAACUGUCGGAGGUCGGUACACCUCAAGAAAACAACGGUGCAUACGACUUCAUUCUCACGUCAAAGUAUGCGUUUCCAUGGGAACACUUUCCUGAUUUUGUCAUAAGCCAAUACGGGUUUGAUUCUUGGUUCAUGGUGUACGGUAAUAAAUUUGGGGUCCCAAUAAUUGACAUUACUGGUACAACGCUUAUGCUACACCAAAAUGAACCUGAUCUGAAAUUAAUGGAUCCAAACUGGUUAAAACUAAAUUCUCAUAACGAAGAUUUAUUCAAAUCAUCGAUUCCCUACUCCGGUAUAGAACAAUGGAAACGGGAUUGCGCGUUCUAUAAUACAUUCUUCAAUGACGAUGGAGAGGUUGAGGUCAGGUAUAACAAUAGAUGGCGCAGUGAAGUGUGUACGUAUGAACAGCCUUUGAUUGUUUCAAAAGGACUCAAACCACUUUUCGAAAGGGAUUCGAAUUGAGGACAAUUAUAUGAAGUUUCAUGAAAUAAUAUUGCAGAUUUUCGUUAACUAGCAAUACAUGUACAAUUGAAUAUCUAGAAAACUUAGAGUGAACAUUAUAGUGAUAGCAGCUUGAACCAGAAAACCCUCGGAAGAAAACUAUUUAUUUUCGAUGGAAAAAUAUUUAUUAGAUCGAUAAAAGAUACAUAUACAGAUCAUAUGAUAUGAGUUAUUUUUGUGAAACGCAAAAUUUCAUUUCACUCAAUAUUCAUCGAGCGAAAUGUCUCUCUUCUAAAUUAUUACAAAGCUCUCAACGGUGACUCGAGUUAUUCAAGAUUCGAAGUGUAGAAUAUGGGGAACAGGUUUUACUCUCACAAAUGAUAAAUGUUGUAACCACAUUUAUAGAAUAUA